AUGGAUGUUAGAAUUGCUCCUACGACUGAUCAACCUGUCGGUGAUAUUGUUCCCAAUUGGACACCUCGUGCUAACCCAGGUUCGAAUCCUGAAUACCGUAUACUUCAAGGUCAAUAUUGUCGACUUGAGUUGCUUACUUCAGCAACCAGUAGUAUCACGAUUCAACAGCUUUAUGAGGCACUCAAACCAACUGAACAGACUCAUUUCACCUAUUUGAUAUAUGGACCAUUUAAGACAAUUGAUGAAUUCACACAAUUUCUACACUCGUUGCAACAACCUAGUAGCAAUACGGUGGUAUAUAGCAUCAUAGUGAAUGAGGUAGCAGUAGGAUUUAUUACUUAUUUGAGAAUUGAUGAGGAAAAUGGCGCACUUGAGAUUGGUCACGUCAAUUUCAGUCAGCAGUUAGCACGCACUCGACAAGCCACAGAAGCGAGCUUUUUAUUAAUGCAAUACGCCUUCGAUACACUUGGCUACAGACGAGUCAUGUGGAGUUGCAAUCCUCUGAAUGAAAAAUCAUAUCGAGCAGCUUUGAGGCUAGGCUUUCAAUAUGAAGGUACAUGGCUCAAAAUGGCGAUCUGUAAAGAUCGUUCGGCAGAUAUGGCAUGGUUCAGUAUUGUGAAUGACGAAUGGGGACAAGUCAAACAGGAAAUACAACGAUGGCUUCAUCCAGACAAUUUUGAUGCCAACGGUCAACAGUUAAGUAGAUUGAAUGCUGCACGAGCAAAUCCUCGUCGCAGUAAAACAGUGACCUCAAGUGAUGGGAAGCACAAUUGA